CAGUUGAACAUGUAGCCACGUGGCAGGUCCCUUCUAGCACCACAGCCUCCAUGUGGAUCCCAGUAACAGAAGUUCCAGACAGACUGCGGUUGGCAGUCCUCAGUGCCCACCUGUUUCUGCACCCUGCAUAGAAGAAAGCCAAGCCCUGGAACAGAGCCAGGUCCUGGAGUAUCUAGCUGGUGACCCACGAAGCACUGACAUGUUCCAGGCAGUGUGGCUGCUCUCUCAAUUCUAAGUGGGGAACAAACGUGGCCUACCUGCAGAGAUGCUCAAUGUGGUCUGCACUUCUCCAGCAAAAACCUCAUUCUUUCCUGGUUUUCUUUAUAUUUUAAACGAAUGAGGAGUUUGAUGUGGAGAUGAGGAACAGAAAGAAUGGGGCAGAAGGAUGAGGGCCUUUUCAAAUAGUAAAGCUUACUAAAAUGAGCUCUGUAAUAAGAAUUUUGCAAGGGAUGUAAGAAACGGAAGGUACACGGUGGGUUGUAUGCUUUCACUGGAGCAGUCUGAAGCUUUUCUGAAGAUGUUAAAAAUACCAAGUUACUGAUUCUGUGGCAGUACCUGUAGUGCCUAUAGCACUGCUCAGGUCUCAGUCCUUCAUUGCAUUGUGAAGGCAUGCAAAACUCAACCGAAAAGGAGGACAACCUUUAUUUGCACACAGUGUUUUGAGCCCCACACAGAGUACGGUGGGCUGUGGCCCUGGGGCACCCAGUGUUCGCUCCCCUGGCUCUCCCUUGGGAUGCCAUUUUCUUAUAGGCUGCUUUGAAGUGCUGUGUGUGCCUUCACACCUUGUCACUUUUAACAAUGGAGCCUUGGGUGAACCGGCGCUGCUGUGCGGAGUGCAAAAGGCGGGAUGCGCUGUCCCUGUGCUGCUUUGCACCCUUUUCCCGCCCUUGUCUCCCAUCUCCAAGACGGCCCUCCUGCCCUGAACCGCCCAGCACCGCCGCUGAGGAGGGCCGCUCUUUCCGCUGCCCAGCGCCAUGGCGGCCGCGAGCCGCCUCCCCAUUGGCCGCCCGCCCCGGAGCGCCGGUAGCAACAGCGACAAAUAUAUCUCCCCGCCUCCUGAUUGGCUGCCGUCUCCCGCCGAGCCGUGGCAACAGCGGUGUGGGCGGACGGGCGGGCAGGCACGCGGCGACCGUUGGCGGGCGGGACGGCGGAGGGUGGGCUGUUGUCCCGUCCGUGCUGUUUGAACCCCGUCCGUCGGGUGUUUGUGCUGUGGUGAGAAAGGUCUGUGCGCUACCUGUUGUGGAAAGCAGAUACAACAGUGAGGUGGCUUUAGUGCAGAAGCCACCCGUUAGCAAAAUUCUCUCCGGGUCUUGAUAGUCCUUUGAACGUGAUUCCAGUCAGAUGCUUUAUUCCUCAGAGCUAACGGCACAGCACUGUCACUGCUGUGAGUCGUCUGGCAGCGGUGUGCAUCUGUGCAGGUGAAUGGAGCCUGGGUACUGCCUUCCCCUGCUGCUGAAGAUACACAUUCAUGUACAGCGAUGCCUCUGUCACAGUGAAAAGCAUUUCCUUUUGCUUUCCCGUUAGCACUGCUGCCUGUUGAGAUGAUACGGAUUAGACAGACGUUACUACGCCUGUACAGCUGUAGGCCCUGUCAGUGUUUAAACAGUUGAAGAAGGCGGUUAUUGUGACUGUUGUGAAAUGGCAGCUCCGGGCACCAGAAUUCCCACAGAGUGCUGGAAACAAAUCCUCACCAAACUGCAUCUGGAAAAGGCUCUGCAGCUGAAGCAGAAUCAAAGCUUUUUCUCUUGCACUUCAUUUAAUGAAUUUCAUCUCCAGAUUUGGCACAGUUGCUCUCUGGAGGACGAUUGCAUUUUUUAGGUCAUUUCCCAGAUGAAAUAACUUAUUACUUCUCCAUAAACUUACCUUAGGUGAUUCAAAGUUUGAUAUGUGAAACCCAGCAAAUUAGAAGUACUCCUCUGUAAGAGACACAAAGUCCAGCGGCUGAAGCGCAGUGUAUCUCAGCCCGCCAGCAUCUCUGCUUCACGCCACCUGGAUGCUGAACCUGCAUGAAACACUUCAGAGGAGCUAAUUGUGUUGGGGUGAGAAGUUGCAAGCAGCCGAGCUGAGCUCAGAGGUGGGCUGCUGCUGCUUCUCUGCCCAUCAGCAAGCACAGGCUGGAGGCACUGCUGUGCAGCAGAGGAAGAGAUCGAGUGAACCUGAACACCAGUGGCACUCAGCACCUGGCCUCCUGCCUGCAGUGCUGGGUGGAGCUGGUCUUCCAGGGACAGCGCAGUGGAGUUCUUUGUGUUGUGCUCACAUGUUUGAAUUGUUCCCUUUACGUAUUACCUUAUUCUUGUUUCCUAGAUGUGAUUUACAUCCUCAUCAUGAUCUGGAUUCCCUGUCCUGCCAUAUGUAGCGAGCUCUGGAUGUGUUUAUGUUCUUCUUCUGUGGAGCUGUAAUUAGAAAUGCUCUGAGCAUGUGACUGACCUUCCCUGAACUGAAUGUACUGUACCUGCUGUUGUCAUUCCUCCUCCUCAACAUGGCGUGCCCUAGCAAAGAGAGGAGGUUGCCCUAGAUAGGAAAAACAAAGCCAUUUUUAUCUUAAAAUGCAUAUAAGAGCCCAAAGAACAGUACUUGUGUUAACGGGUCACAGAAAGGAGGUGGAAAUCUGGGAGUGUUUUCAAAGUGCAGUUCCUUGGCUGCUGUAGAGGCGAGGAUGCUUUCCCAAGGGGCAGGCACACACGUUUCCCAGCACCACUGCUGCUGAGGUCAGACUGAGCGCUGCCUACCAGACAUCUUGGUUGGAAGUGUGGCAUGGAAAUGGCAGCAGAGAGGUCCUGUGUGGCGGCUGCCCAUGAAUAGCUUCUCUGAAGUAAUCCAGGACAGCAUGAAAGAAGAUUAAUGAUGUGAGGAGCAGCUCUCCCUGCUUUCAUGUGCUGUGACAGCUACGAGCUAUCAUUGUUACUGAAUGGGCUCACCCGAGGCCCAUUCUGGACAAAUAUCAGGAGAGAUGACUUCAAGGCCCAUCUUUUCAGGAAGCCUGUUGUUCUGGGUGCUGGGCUCAACUUGCUUAGGGCCUCAUUUUCAGAAGAAAUGAGCACUUACAGAGGCUUGAGUAGGGCACCAGGAAUAAGGGGCCGCUUUUGGAAAUGGUGGCAAAGGCAUUUUAUCUUUGCGCUUCAUUAGUCUGAUCCCCAAAGUCUUUCAUGUUAUGUUCUGCAGUGAAAGGUCAUUGUUUCAGAUCAGUCAUUUUCAGUGGGAUUUAAUCCACUUCCGAAUCAAGCUAAUCCACUUUGGUAUAGCUUGAAGAGCAGUAAAAAUUAAUUUGUCAAGAAAGAUCUGGACAUAUUUCCUAAAUGUUUGCUGACACUGAGUCCAUAAUUGUGUAGCCCUGCACCAGAUGUUUUGGGGGUAGUUCCAGAAGUGCUGGGGAUGGAAAUUCUGACUUUAUCUAUAGGUUGCAAAUGCUCAGCACCUCCGAGAAGCCCUGAGGUGGAGUAGGAUUGUUGGGGUUUUGUUUUUGCGUGUGGAUGUGUGUGUGUUUUUGACUUUCAGUAUUCACUUAGCAUAGACGUUGUUUACGUGUAGAGGCUUUUAGCAUUAGGAUGCUCAGGUGCAAGUUUCGGAUAAGCAAGCUUUUAUAUUUUUUUCCUCUUUAUGCUUGUAAAUUCUGGUUAUAUCCCUUUGAUUACAUAAAGAAUGAAAACACAUUCUUGUAUCUGGACUGGGGCAGGCGUUGUGGUUUGAAGCAGCUCAUGAAGAGUUAAAGCUGCUUUCAAUUAGGGGCUGUGUUCUUGCCACUUAGAGAAACCCCCACGACUGAGCAUGCUUCACAGCCUCCCGUGCAUAUCCCUGAAUCAUUCUGGCACCUAAAAACACUGCCACAAUCUUUUACUCAGACAUAGCACUCAUUCUUCACUGGACUCUGAAAUGAGCAAGUGCUUGAAAACAGCACAUUUUGCCAGAGAGCUCUGAGGAUCUCAGCUCCUGUCUGCACGGGAUUUUGAACAUGCAAAAGGCUGCUGUGUCUGAAUGCGGAGCGAUACCGCAUGCACUGCAGUGAUCCCCAGUGAGGCUGGUAUAUGUGUCCACUGCCCCGAGGGAGCAAGGGCUUCUCAGAUGUGCAAAUCACUGCCCUUUUCCCAUAAUGAUCUCCUGUUGGUGCAGAUAUGCAGUACGUGCAGCUCACAGCAUGAGCCCUGCUGCUUCUGAGCAGCACUCCGGCACUGCCAUCUUUCUCCCUUCAUUCUGGCUUUUACCUUUGAGUUACGAGGGAGGUUCUGUGAGAGUGAUUGAAGAUUAAUAAGAACUUGAAAUAUGGCAAGUAGUAGGAUAUUUUCACACACACUGUGACAGCCUAAAGAGUUCUGUUGCUUGUUAAACUCUGGUGUACAGUUUGGCCAGAAAUAUAUCAUUGAAAUUAUAGUCUCUUGAGGUUUGGGAAAGAAUCAUCACACUUCAGCUACACCCACUCCUAUCUUCUGCUCUGAUCUUGCCAUUGGUUGCAGCACCUUCCCUCCCUGAUGUGCGCUUAUCUCACUUCAUUGUGGGGCCGCGCUGCCAGGAUUCUAACAAUAAUAAAUGUAGAUAGUCCUAAGCCCAUGAAACAAUCUGCCCUUGCCAUCUGAACGCUGUGCCCCACAGAAGUGCCAGUUCCAGCAUUUCCAGGAUCAGAUGCCCACACACUCCCCACCUCUUUGUCUCCCUGCCCAUCUCCACUUCCUGCCUUGUGGUGCGGGUGCUGGUUAACCUGCACUGCUCGCUCCUUGCUUCUGUUCUCUGCUUUUCACUGCUUUGUCCCCAAGCCCGUGCCAUUUAGCAGCUCCCUGUGUAAAACGCUUCCAUGCUGCAGCUCCAGGAAUGAGGCAGACAUUGGCGGCAGGGAUGUUGCCGUACCGCUGCCUUGGUGCUGUGAGUCUCAGGAGCAGUGCUGCAGGAGCCGUGUGCCCCCCCCGCUGCUGCCAGAGCAACCACACAGAGUGGGAGGCUGGGCAGGCUCUGCUGCGCUGUGUGGCCGUUCCCUGUUGCCUUUCCUUGUUGUCAGCGUGCCCUGUAGCUUGUGCCCUCAGCUGAACACCAGCGCUGGGCUGCUCCGUGUGUGGCUGCCGUGCUGUCCCCAGCGUCCCGCACGGCGAGCUGGCUCGGCCUUCCAGCAGGGAGCUAUUUGUGGAGCAGCAGGGCCAGCCAACACACUUAGAUGUGCCUGUGGAGCGGAGCCACCGCCUGAGGUCAUGGGGCAAUUUUCAGAACCAUGAGUUUCUCCAUCUACAGACUCCCUCUGGGUGUGGUCGCCGGGCCAGCAGCUCUAAAUCCUGCCUUGUGAGCUCUGCUGGGAACAUGGAGCUCUGGGACAUGAUGGGUGAUGCCUGGCAUCUGAGCUUUAGCAGGAGGAUGAGUUAGGUGCUUUGACACCACAUUCAGCACUCCAGGAAAAGAUCUGCUGACAUUCCUUUUUCUUUUUUCUUUUUGUAACCCAGCUUACAAAUACUGUAGCAGAUUAAGACUCUUCGCAUGAGCUCUGAUUUUUUUCUCUUUGUACCUUAUAGGUUCUGGGAGCCGCACUGCUGUUGUAGCUGAAGGCUGGAGCACUGGGUGCUGUAUAUGAGGCCUGCUCCAAAAGUAAUGCCUCCUAUUUUAUUAUGUUGGCCCACAGCGUCAGUGGCGGAUGUUGGUGGUACAGCAGUAGAGGUUGAACCUCCCCAUCUCCGUCCCCAUUACAUCCUGUUGCUGUGUGGCAGAUGGCAGCAGAGGGGCACUCUGACAGAAUGCCAUCUGACAUGGAGGUGUGCAUGAAGCAAAGGUGUGUCAUUGAAUUCCUCCAUUUGGAAAAAAUGGCACCCAUUGACACUUACCAGAUGGUUCUGGAGUCCAAACAGUGCACGUGAGCACUGUGAUGCAGUGAAUGUUGCAUUUCAGCAGUGAUGACAGUGAUGUGUCAGACAAGCCACAACCUGGACAGCCAUGCACAGCUGUCACACCAUGAAAUGAAGAGUACCUCCAUCAGCUCACCUGUGUGAAUCAGCACAUUAGGACCAGGGAACCGUGUGUGGAGGUGAAUGCUGGCUUCAAUGCAUUGCAAUACCACAAAGCUUGCAUCAGGUGUGUCCUACAAAUGCUCACACAGGAACAGAAAGAAUGCAGUCUGAGUAGGACCCAUUGAACCAAUACAAGGCUGAAGUUAGAAUAUAUUGAUUGGUUCCAUCCAUACUUCUGUACUGAUGUAUUAGAGAAGCAGGAAGUUAGCUGUUGUUGAGUUACAUGUGGCUGUAUCCAUACUGCACCUGGGCUAGCUCAAAGAUCAUUCAUUGCAGGAGUUCCAGGAAAAGUCCAAUGCGAAAAGUGAAGCAGAGAUUCAAUAAAAAGUAGGAGGCAGCUAUUAGAGAUGAAGAAAUACAUGCAAGAUUGCACUUCACUGAGAGCAAUGUGGAAAUGUGUGUAGCUGAUCGUGUUUCAUGUGAGGAUGCAGGAACGUGAAUAGUGGUAGGUCAGCAGGAAACAGCAAUUGUAAGAGAUGGCAACAAGAUAAAACAGCUAAUGGAGGUGAAAAGUGGCAGUCAGUCAGCACUGAGAGGCUCAUAACGGUCAGAUGAUGCUGAGCCCUGAUGUUUCUGAGAUCUAAAGGGGCUGUCAAGAGCUAUUUAAAGCCCAUGGGAAUUUUGUUUGUUUUUUUCCAACAGUAUGACUUGGGAAAUAAAAGCAGUUAAUACACCUUAAUGCUAAAGUCUUACAGUGCUCUUGAUUUCCUUCUGUGUUUCCAUCUCUGGCUACAAAGAGGAAAACUGGAAGUGUUGCAUCCUUGUAGAACUGAACCCUAGUGGAAAAAAAAGUCAUUCUCAGAAGUCUGUUCCACUUCUUUCAGUAUUGGCAUAACUCUUAUGUAUCUGGAUAUAUUUAUUUUUCCAUUUAACGUAAUUAACUGAAAAAAAUGAUAUAUGAUACAAAAAGUGUAUUCUAGAUUUCAGCUACAGACUGUGCAGUGAAUUGGACGAGUGAAAAUAUUACUCUAAUGACUACUUUUGGUAAAACAUAUUCAUUUUUUAGCAUGUACAGGCAUCUCAGAGCAAGAGCUCAACACAUUUGAAGAAAAUGAAAGGGGUAUAAUGCUGAUUUUGUAUUUCCAUUGUGCUAAUCCUGGGAGGUUUGGUUCAGGAAGGUGUAGGACAGCUUCAGGAGCUUUUUUUUCUUUUGAUGGAGCACAUCCAUAACUGGGGAUCACUUCUAUUCCCUGCAUUCUGUAGCGGUUUGGGGAAUACCAGCUCAUCCUGUUAAUCAGGCUUUCUCGGUGUUUUGAGUUGUCAGAUAACAGGUAAGAUAUGGCUUUUGAAGCCAAGCAUAUUCCUAAAUAUUUUCUUUCUUGUGCCUGAGUAGUAGUGCAUUCUUUAUCUAGUAAUCAGCAUCUGUGUUCCCUUCCCUUUAACAAAGAGGACAAGUGUCAGUAACUUUGAGAAUGCUAAUGUCUUCUUAACUAUUGCCUUUACUUUAAGCACUGUUUCAAAUUAAAAGUUCUCUCAAUGCUAUUUUGACUAUGAUGUCUAAAAUAUCCACAAUAUGUCUACCUCAGGGAUUUAGCAGUACCAAAAUUAGAAGAGCUGAUUUGUUUCUGCAGAGGUUAGACGGUUUGAAGAGGGUGAGUAGUUUAACACAAUUACCACUUUGUCUGUCCUUCUUGUUCAUCUUCUCACAGUAGAACAUGAGGAAACAAACUCUACAGCACCUGUGAAGGUGACACAUCUUUUUAAUGUGCUGGUAUCAUCAAACACACAUUGAAAUGUAGGUGACCAAUCCAUGCCUAAGUUAAAUUCCCAGAAAUAUCCACACCCAUUAAUAUGUCAUCAUUCUAUCAUGCCCUGUCACUCUGAUAUACACAACAAAAUCCCCAUGUAAAUACAGAUGUUAUAUGUACUGGUAAGCGUGUAUACCGUGGACUGAAAUAAUACCUGUAUAGGUGUAAUCAAUAAAACUGUUAAACUCUGAGGUGCUCUAAAAUCCCUUCUAGGAAUGUUCAGCAUUCUUCAAAAUGAUGAAUAAAAUCUAUCCAAAGGCUGCAUCAUAUUGAUCUUCCAUAUCACAGGGAACAUUUAAAUGGUGCUUUUUCAUUUUUCUUUCAUAACAGAAAACAGUUUUCAGGCAAUUGUUCAGCUUUUAUCCUGACCAGGGAUUCCCACUUCUUACUGUUCCCUGUUUCAGAUAAUUUUCUGCUGUUGGAACAGUCAAUAGGUUUGUUUAAAUGUUUGUUGCAAUGCUAUAUUUUUCAUUAUUUCCAAAAAUAAUGUUUCCUUUGAGUUCUCUCCAACAAUGUUUUCUGGCUCUACUGAUAUUCCAUAAGCUUCAUAUUAUAUUUUGUGCAGUGGAAACAUAACAGUGUUAUUUCCUUUUUUUCCUUGUUAAAUUUUCUGGUGAAACUCUGUGGAAACAAGAGGCUACUGUGCAACAAGAGCUCCAGGGACCCUGUAGAGCAAGUUGUAUGAGGAAGAGUUACAUGGGAGGUGGAAUUCUGACAUUGUGAUCAGAAGUUGGCAGCUAACCCAAGCCUUUGUGAAAUGAAAUUCCUGAAAACCAAACGUAUUGGUUGCGAGGUCCCAUAGGAAUCUACGUCAGUAUUUGUAAAGAAGAGUCAUCUACAGCCUAUCUUAGGCAAACUGUUUCCUGAUAAUUAAGCUAACAUUUCACAGACCUGUAGGACAAACUGAAGAAUGUGUUUUGGGAGAGAUGCCUAAGCUAUCAGAGGACAGGAUUGUUUUAUAAGUUCUCAAACAGUAGUGAUAUUUAAAAUAUAUUCUUAAAGGAAGUUAUACUUACAGCUUGUUAGACUUUGAUGCUCUUUAUUACUCACAAUUACAGAAGGAUAAUUUGCCCAAGGAAAAUUCAUUGCCAAUAGCAUGCUAGACCUCCAUUUCAACUCCUGAGGAAAUAACCAUUGCAAGCAGUCCAACCUACUGUUUUCUAUGUAAUGCACUGCUUGUUCUGCUCAGUGUGACUUCAGGUAAAAUUGUAUUUCUGAAAGGCACCCCUGUCAGCUGUGAAUGCAUACAGAUUCCUCAGUAUCAAUGAGAGAAUAGGAUUUCAUAUAUCCUGAGCCCAGAAACGUGCCUGGCACUUCUGGCUGGCUCUGAAUCUAAAUACCCCCGAUUUUUGCAAUCUCUUCUGGCUCAACUGAAGGAUCACAGGUGUUGUUUGGGGAAAAUGCCCUAUUAUGGGCUGUGAAGAUCUGUCUAUAAUCAGUGUGUCCCAUAUCUUGUAACCAGUUAUUUUGCUUAGCUUUAUUUUGAAGACGGAGGAACAAAUAAAUGGGAGAGCAGACCCAAGCACUGAUGAACUUUGAACUUAUUUGAGUGUGAAGCUGAUUAGCCACAAUUGAGAGAGCACAAAACACCAUUCUGAACACUCUGAAAUUCAACGCAGGAAGCUCCUGGAUCUAAAUCCUGUGUUUCACAUGCAUCUCCACCUGUAUCCAUCUUUACCUGUGAGAGAUAAAAGCAGCUUCAAAUCGUUUCCUUCCCAGAAGUACAGGGCUGCUUCUCCACUGUGUAAUCCCGCUGAGCUGAGAGAUGACGCAGGGAGUGUGCCAGCCUAUGGACCCCGGGUUUUCCCCAACUGUCAGGUCACUCCUCCUCACAGGCUAUGUACUCAACCAACCGAGGGACAGUAGGUGGAUUCUUUCUGGCUGGACGGAGCAUGGUUUGGUGGCCGAUCGGUGCUUCACUCUUUGCCAGUAACAUUGGCAGUGGACAUUUUGUGGGCAUAGCAGGAACAGCAGCAGCUGGUGGAAUUGCCAUUGGAGGGUAUGAAUGGAAUGCUCUGAUAUUUGUGGUUGUUCUAGGAUGGGUGUUUGUACCCAUCUACAUCAAAGCUGGGGUGGUGACAAUGCCGGAGUAUCUGAGGAAGCGUUUUGGUGGGAAACGGAUUCAGGUCUACCUGUCAAUCCUUUCACUGAUCCUGUAUAUUUUCACAAAGAUCUCAGCAGACAUAUUCUCUGGAGCUGUGUUUAUACAGUUGGCCAUGGGGCUGAAUCUGUAUUUGGCCAUUAUUAUCCUGCUUGCUAUUACUGCUCUUUACACCAUUACAGGUGGCCUUGCAGCUGUGAUUUACACAGAUACCUUGCAGACGUUUAUCAUGGUUGUGGGAUCUUUCAUUCUCAUGGGAUUUGCAUUUAGAGAGGUUGGAGGGUAUGAUGCCUUCAUGGAGAAGUAUAUGAAUGCAGUUCCAUCCAAUAUCACCUAUGGAAAUAGUACAAUUGAUUCAAAAUGCUAUACGCCUCGAGCAGAUUCUUUUCACAUCUUCCGAGAUGCUGUCACUGGAGAUCUGCCAUGGCCAGGGCUUACUAUUGGUUUGAGCAUCCUUACUCUGUGGUACUGGUGCACAGAUCAGGUUAUUGUCCAAAGAUGUCUCUCUGGCAAGAACAUGUCCCACGUGAAGGCUGGAUGUGUGAUGUGCGGAUACCUGAAGCUCUUGCCCAUGUUUAUCAUAGUGAUGCCUGGAAUGAUCAGCCGAAUUUUGUAUACAGAUGUGGUGGCUUGUGCUGUGCCUGAAAUCUGCCAGCAGGCCUGUGGCACCACAGUUGGCUGUACAAAUAUUGCUUAUCCAAAAAUGGUAGUGGAGCUUAUGCCAAAUGGUCUACGAGGUCUGAUGUUAUCAGUCAUGUUGGCAUCCCUUAUGAGCUCCUUGACUUCCAUUUUUAACAGUGCUAGUACACUGUUCACUAUGGACAUUUACACCAAAGUUAGAAAACAACCAUCAGAGAAAGAGCUUAUGUUGGCUGGAAGGGCAUUUAUGGUGGUUUUAAUUGGCAUCAGCAUCGCCUGGGUUCCUGUGGUGCAGUCAGCUCAAAGCGGGCAGCUCUUUGAUUACAUUCAGUCGGUUACCAGCUACCUGGGACCUCCCAUUGCUGCUGUCUUCCUGCUUGCCAUCUUCUGCAAGCGAGUAAAUGAGCAGGGUGCCUUCUGGGGCCUGGUUGUUGGGCUGCUGGCUGGGCUCGGUAGAAUGAUAUCAGAGUUUGCCUAUGGAACUGGUAGCUGUGUGGCCCCUUCCAACUGUCCGUUCAUCAUCUGUGGGAUUCACUACCUUUACUUUGCAAUUAUUCUUUUUGGGAUUUCUGCCAUCGUUAUCCUGGCAGUCUCCUUCAUGACUAAGCCGAUUCCUGAUGUACAUCUUUAUCGCUUGUGCUGGUCUUUGCGGAACAGCAAAGAGGAACGCAUUGAUCUUGAUGCAGAUGAUGAGGAGGAGAAACCCGAUGAAAGAGAUAAGGAAUCAGUUUCAGAGGAAAGUGAAGACCCAGGAUGCCUAAAGAAAGCUUACAACUGGUUCUGUGGCUUAGACCAACAAAAAGGACCCAAACUGAGCAAGGAGGAAGAGGAAGCGCUGAAGAAGAAACUGACUGACACAUCAGAAGUGCCACUUUGGAGGAAUGUUGUGAAUAUCAACGGCAUCAUCCUACUGACUGUGGCUGUAUUUUGCCAUGCCUUUUUUGCAUAGGCCUCUGAUUGCAGUUCUGAAAUUGUACUGUAUUGUCAAGCAGAAACAAUGAGUUGUAAACUUACGCAGUUAGAUUCACUUAGUAUUUUCAUGCUCUAAGUUUGUAAAAAUCAGGGUAAUUUACUCACUGAUUUUGUGAUCAUAAUUUCAACAAUCUGAAGAUCAAGAGUACUGGGAGUUCAAGAAAGAGAAUUUCCAUUUAGAAAUUGAAUCAGUCCAGGAUUAAUAGAGGUUCAGAAUUUCCAUCCAAUAUUCUCUCUUCUCACGAUACAUUUCAUAUUUUAGGUGCAGAACAGGACUGCACGAACCAUUGGCUCAUUUCAUGAGCCAUUUAUCAGGGUUUGUGAAUUAUCUUUUGGGGCCGAUGAUACUAUUUCAAUUUUCAACUCUUUCUCUUCUGAUCGUUCAGGCUUUUUUUAGCUUUGCCUAUGAUAAUUUGAUUACUAAAAAAACCCAACAAACAACUGAGGGGCCAUAUUGUGGGCAGAACUAAAAAAUCACUUUUGUUCUCUCCAGGCACAGCAGUAAAGGGCUUUUGUAUAUAUCAGUGCAUUUGAUACUGCAUCUAACUUUCCAUUAUCACUUUUUUCCACUUUCAUUUUCUAUGACAUUUUUCAUCAUCUUGUGUUUCUCAGCAAUGAGUGGAACAUGAACCAUCUCAACUGAUUGCCUUUUGAAACUGGUCAAAACAGAAUUCAAUAAUCCUAUCAGGAAUUCUGCUUAUGACAGAUUCUCUGUUUAAGGUUAACUUCAAAAGGUCCCCCUCUUGUAUAUUUUAAUAUGUAUCUAUACUUGAAUGUGAAACUUUUUUUAUACAAAAUACAUGUAUUAUAUAUACAUACAAUACAUUAUAUAUGUGCACAUAUAUAUUAUAUAUCAGAGUAUAUGUAUGUGUGUAUAUAUAUUUAUUUAUUUAUUACUGAUUGAUUCCCAUCUUGGUAUGUCAAAGUUAAUCUCUACCCACAGUUGUUAGGACCUCUUUAUCCUGGAGAUGGUGUUAAUGUUUUGCUUCUUUCUAUGAGCUGUACUACAAAACAAUCCGUGAACAUCGUUAAAAGUCCAAAGCAUGAGUGCUGGGUUUGCAUUUUUCUUUUCAGAACGUUUGAGGGCUUUGUACUACUACUCUGAAAGACUAUAAAUCUUUCUUCUGAAGACUUCAUUGAGAAAUACAAUUCAUGCUGUAUGAAAUUUCAGUAUGACAGUGUGAGUUCAUGAAGGAGAACAGCCAGAGCUGUUAUCAGCUGAUAUCAGCUAAGUCAGUCUGAUUGGCUCCACUUGCUACGUGUGAAACUCUCUGGAGAUACAGAAGAUAGAUGUAACUCUUCAAGUAAAAAAGCAAUAGAUCCCGUAAUCGAUGUGUAAUUCAGCCUCUUGGGGAAUCAAAUGUAGAAAGAUGACUUCAGCUGCUGUAGUCAAGCUACAGCACAAUUGCUUGUUACUUUUGCACACAUAUCAUGGCAUGCUGUGUUGUCUCAGAGCAUUUCAGCAUGGUGUGUCUUCCCACAGCAUUCUGCAGCAGAACUGCCCUGAGAUAGGAGCAUCUCAAUAAAGUUGGUGUCACCUCUGUACGCCCACCACAUCGCCGCCAGCUCCUCCAGCUUUAGUCCUCACUUUAUCAUCCUCUGACAGUAUCUUCUUCUCUUCGUUUACAUCUAAAACAAAGUGCUUUGCUGGUCCUCAUUAUAAACCCUGCAGUAUACUGAAAAGGUUUGCACGAGCCAGAUUAAAUCAGUACUAUAUAAAUAUCAGUGCAAGCUUUUUCUUGCAGUUAAUACAGCGGGAGAGUAUUUUCAAGACCAUGGAAUGAAUUGUAUUUAAAGGACUUUGAAGUCAUUUAUGUAUUAAAGUAUUUGUAUGUUUUGAAGCA